AUGAAGCUUUUAAAACCUAAUUGGGUUAAUCAUGAUGACAAGCCGAUAUUUUCCGUGGAUAUACACCCAGCGGGGAAACGAUUCGCAACAGGUGGUCAAGGCCUGGACUCUGGCAGGGUCGUGGUUUGGAACCUAAAUUCAGUAUUGUUCGAGGAAGUGGAGUUAGAUCCUAAUGUGCCAAAAAUGCUGUGUCAAAUGGAUAAUCAUUUAGCUUGUGUAAACUGUGUGCGUUGGAGUAAUGGCGGUAGAUACUUGGCUUCAGGGGGAGAUGACAGACUUAUAAUGGUGUGGGGACUAAGUGUUGCAGUUGGUGCUGGUAAACAUAAAGCAGAGACUUGGAGAUGUCUUGCUACAUUACGAGGACAUGCAGGUGAUGUGUUGGACUUAUCAUGGUCUCCCCUGGAUAAGUGGUUGGCUACCUGCAGUGUGGAUAAUACUAUUAUUAUAUGGAAUGCUGAGAAAUUUCCAGAAAUGGCCUGCGUUUUAACAGGUCACACUGGUCUUGUUAAAGGUGUAGCCUGGGAUCCAGUUGGUAAAUAUUUAGCAUCACAGUCCGAUGACAAAUCGUUGAGAGUAUGGAAAACAGCUGAUUGGUCUCAGGAGACCGUCAUCACGGAGCCCUUUGAUGAAUGUGGAGGUACAACCCAUGUUCUCCGUUUGUCGUGGUCCCCCGACGGGCAGUAUGUGUUAUCAGCGCACGCUAUGAACGGCGGCGGUCCCACCGCGCAGGUUGUAGAGAGAGAAGGCUGGAGGUGCGACAAGGACUUCGUUGGACAUCGGAAAGCUGUUACUUGUGCGCGAUUCAACAACAACAUAUUCGUGAAGGAAGGGAAGAAAUGUUGCUGCGCCGCUGUCGGUUCCAGGGAUAGGGCACUGUCAAUAUGGCUGACGUCACUCAAGCGCCCUCUAGUUGUCGUCCACGAUCUCUUCAGUGACAGCGUUUUGGAUUUAUCUUGGAGUUCUGAUGGAUUGAGUUUACUCGCAUGCAGUUCAGACGGAACAGUCGCUUGCAUACAAUUCACUAAUAAGGAGAUCGGCACGCCACUCACGCACGAUGAAAAGAACUCACUAUACGAAAAGAUCUACGGCAAGUGUCCCGCUAAUGAAUCAGGCGGGGACUUGGCUUCUAACUUGCUGGUCGAGUGUCCAGAGAUAUUGCUGGCUAGAGAGAAGGAAGCCAAAAGGGAACCCCCUAAAGAAGAAUCUACGCCUAAGAGUGAAAAGUCACAGCUCAAGCCGAUAUACACUCCGUCGCCAGUCUCAACUCAAUCUAGUCCCGCACCAUUACGGCCUAUGGAUAGGCAGAUAGAAACGCGUACAUCGGAUGGGAAGCGACGCAUAACACCAGUAUUCAUCCCGCUCACACACGCUGACGCCAAUGAGUCGCUCGGAUCCCUCGGUGGUGGAAGCGAAAACUGCUUCAGCACGUCCUCUCAGAGUAAAUCUCGAAUUCGAGUGGAGAGAAGAGACGAUAUCAUCAUACACCCAAAUGUUAGCAAUCACGCGCACAGCAAGACUAGUGAUAAUGGCCUAGACCAGAGACUCAGGAAACGAACAGCCUCAACGCUACCCGGUCCGAAAGCAGAGGAGUUACAAGCGAAACGGUCCUGCACAUCACCGCCCACAGAGCAGCAAACUGCACCGCGUGGGGUGUAUAUGGGUCCAUCGUUAUCCGUCCCAGCGCUGGGAACGGCUGGGCCCAUUGUCAGAGGUGCUGGAGCAUUGAGAUUGCAAGUAGUGAAUAAAGCUUACAACACACCGUAUGGAAAACUAUCAAGGCUAGAACUAAUUCCGAAUAAUACAGCGUCCAACGACCCUGUGUGGGAGGCUUGUUUGGGAUUCCCGGUGUCGUGUAUAGCGUGCGAUGCGCGGUGGAUCUGCGUUUCGUGUACGGAUGGCUCUUUAAACGUUUGGAAGAACGCCAAGCCGAAGCCCUAUAGGGCUCUGCCACCCUUAGCUCUACCGUCGCCUGCGCACAAGCUGUCCCUAUCUGGAGAUAAUCUCUCCGUAGUGACGUCAUCAGCUGAGUUGGCCAUUUGGGAUCUCAAAAACGCCUCAUGUCUGCUCAAAUCUCUGUCAUUUAGGAAUCUUCUUAAUAGUAACGCGACGGUAACACACUGUUCACUCUUAGAAGAUGGCAACCCUAUGAUUUCGUUUAGUACCGGAAGGAGCUACAUCUAUUGCAAAAAAUUGUGCGCGUGGGUAAUAUGGAUAGAUGGAGGUGAUCCUGUCAGACGCGCAGGGGGCGGAUCAGGGAGUAAGGGUCCGAGGGUUUCGUCCCCGCUACACGCGAACAGACAAACGAACACGUUGCAGGCACAAGGAAAAUACAACGCGUGCGCAGCUCGCAGUUGGCUAGAGGCGCAAGUCUCUGUCUGUCUGCACCUUCGACUUGCGCGCGACUACAAGCACUGGCUGGUCGCUUUGUUUACCCAUCUCGUAGCGCACGGUACGGAAGAUCAGUUAAGAACAAUAUUGGAUGAUUUAUUGGGACCAAGUCACUGUACUUCGAAGCCGAAAUGGGAACCUUCGGUAUUGGGUCUAAAGAAACAUGAAUUAUUGGAGGAGUUGUUAUCGUUGCUCGUUCGACAACUGCGGUGGCAAAGGCUCUACACAGAAUAUGCCGACCAGCUCAACGAUGUCAAGCAAAACUCGACUCUACUCAAUGGGCAUACGUAG